CGGAACCAUACUUAAGUUACGCAAAAUCCUAUGCGACAAGCCAUUCUCCUCAGAUGCCCCGGAAAUGGAUUAAACGGAGCGGCUGGACUAAAUACAAUAACGAUGGAUCAUGGGAGCCUGUGGAUGCCCCAAACGAAUCGAUGCUUACUUUCGAUACGGAGGUCAUGUGGAAAGAACAUUCCUUUGCUGUUAUGGCUUGCGCUGCGAGUCCAACGGCUUGGUACGCGUGGUUAUCCCCAUGGCUGCUGGGUGAAUCCGAAAAUCCUAUUCAGCUGGUACCUCUUGGGGAUCCAUCACAGCCGCGUAUUAUUGUGGGACACAAUAUUGGUUACGACCGCGCCCGGGUUUUGGAGGAGUAUGACAUGAAGCAGACCAGCAACUUCUUCCUCGACACUAUGUCCCUGCAUGUGGCAGUGAAUGGGAUGUGCUCGCAGCAACGGCCGACUUGGAUGCGCCACAAGAAGAACAGGGACCUGAGGGACAAGAUUGCGAACGAUACUAACUCCGUUGAGCUUGCUGCGUUGCUCGAAAGUAAGAUGCUCAGUGAGGAAGAAGAAGAGCUGUGGGUCGGAAGGAGCUCUAUAAAUUCUCUGCGCGAUGUGGCCAAGUUUCACUGCGACAUUUCUAUUGAUAAGGCCCAGCGGGAUCACUUCGGAGAGCUUGACAGAGAGGGUAUUUUGGAAAGAUUAGAAGAACUCAUUGAUUAUUGCGCUGCAGACGUCGCAAUCACCCAUCGCGUGUACAAGAAGAUAUUUCCAAAUUUCCUCAACGUCUGCCCGCACCCCGUUAGUUUUGGGGCUCUCAGGCACCUUUCUUCCGUUAUUCUUCCAGUCAACCAAUCUUGGAAAGAGUAUAUUGCGAACGCCGAAUCAACGUAUCAUCAGAGACUGGAUGACGUCCGCAACAGACUGGUCGAACUGUGCCAGGAAGCUCUGAAAGUUAAAGAUAAGCCUGAGAUAUACACGAACGAUCCUUGGCUACGACAGCUGGACUGGUCUGGCCAAGAGAUCAAGAUGGUCAAAGGCAAGAAGAAGGGCGAUCCUCCCCGACCGGCUGCUCGGCAGAAAUUGCCCGGCAUGCCCAAGUGGUACAAAGAUCUCUUCCCCAAGGCUAACGGGGAGAUCAAUCUUAGCGUGCGCACGCGGAUAGCGCCAAUCUUGCUCAAGCUCGCUUGGAAUAGUUACCCUUUGGUGUGGUCAGAUAAGUAUGGCUGGAUGUUCAAAGUUCCUCACGAUGAAGUCAAGAAGUUGGAGAAUCAAGCAGUAGUACGCUGCGACAUGUCUGACGAGAAGAAUAUUGAGUUGCGAGAUGAUAUGCAACAUGUCUACUUCAAGCUUCCACAUAAGGAUGGACCGCAGGCCCGGUGCACAAACCCGUUGGCUAAGGGCUAUUCGCAGUUUUUCGAACGCGGAACUUUGACUUCUCAGUACGCCCUUGCGAAGGAAGCCCUAGAUAUGAAUGCUUCCUGCUCGUAUUGGAUUAGCGCUCGGGACCGAAUUAUGUCUCAAAUGGUCGUUUACGAAAGUGAUGUGCAGAAUUAUUACUCGAGAAGGAAUGAUGAUGAAAAGAAACUGGGGUUUAUCUUACCCCAAGUCAUCCCCAUGGGAACCAUUACUCGCCGUGCAGUGGAAAAUACAUGGCUCACGGCAAGCAAUGCCAAAGAAAAUCGGGUUGGGUCUGAGCUCAAGGCCAUGAUAAAAGCGCCUCCUGGCUAUGUUUUUGUCGGGGCUGAUGUUGACUCUCAAGAAUUGUGGAUCGCGAGUCUUAUCGGUGAUGCUCAGUUUCAGCUUCAUGGGGGAAAUGCCAUUGGGUUCAUGACGCUGGAAGGAUCCAAGGCAGCGGGGACUGACAUGCAUUCCCGAACAGCUAGCAUUCUAGGCAUCUCACGGAAUGACGCAAAGGUGUUUAACUAUGGUCGUAUUUACGGAGCUGGUGUCAAGUUCGCCUCUACUCUCCUACGCCAGUUUAACCCGUCCAUGUCUGAGAAACAAACCCAAGAGGUUGCCACGAGCUUGUACAAAGAGACAAAAGGAACUCGCACUACCCGUCGUAUUUUGAGCGAAAACCCUUUCUGGCGAGGUGGCACUGAAUCCUUCGUCUUCAACAAGCUUGAAGAGUUCGCAGAGCAGGAGAGGCCGCGGACUCCCGUUCUCGGUGCAGGGAUCACCGAGGCAUUGAUGCGGCGCUUUAUUAAUAAGGGCAGCUUCAUGACUUCACGGAUAAACUGGGCAAUCCAGUCAUCCGGUGUUGAUUAUCUUCAUCUCCUCAUAAUUUCCAUGGAUUACCUGAUUAGGCGUUACAACAUCCACGCCCGGCUGGCUAUCACGGUUCACGACGAAAUCAGGUACCUAGUCAAGGAGGAGCACAAGUACCGUGCUGCCCUGGCUUUGCAGGUCGCGAAUGUUUGGACUAGAGCCAUGUUUUCGGAACAAGUUGGCAUCCACGAUCUUCCCCAAUCCUGCGCGUAUUUCUCGGCAGUCGACAUUGACCACAUCCUACGUAAGGAGGUGAAUAUGGACUGUGUGACACCUUCAUACCCGCACAAAGUUCCACAUGGCGAAAGCUUAGAUAUUAUCCAGCUUUUGGAGAAGGGCUCUGAAGCCUACUUGGACCCUUCAAUCACACCUCGUUCUCCACCCUCUCCUCAAAAGUAUCCCUAUACCCCUAGGGAGCCUGUUAUGUCCGCUUUGCAAGUAACCAACACACCUUCAUUUAUCAGGGCUCAGAUCACCAAGGACGACAAAGAACUUCGUGAAAUUGUCAAGGAAGCUUUCAAAGCCAAGUCUGACACCACGCCUACCACAGUACGAACACGCUCAAGCAGGGCACGUCCUGAGUCUACCGUCCCCCCAUCGGCAGAGCCACAGCGCGCUAUUCUUAUGGAGAUACAGCCAGGUCUUUAUCGGGACUUUCGGAACCUUCCACAUGAGGACAAAGCGUCUCAUUUCAGCUUACAUCGACAAGGCUUCAGGCCACCUAGGUCGUCCGCUCGAACAUGACUUCUUUAGGGCAGGCUUUCUUAUUCCUCCCAUUUAUGCCCAGCAUAGGCCUUCGCUACCUUCUCUAUUUUUCGACUUUUCCCCAUUGUCUGUCAUACUCUUGCAACAUGUAUAUUUUCUGGUUGUAUUAUAUAUAUUCUCGGUUGUGGGUUUCGGGGGAAGGCGUCCUUGGUCAGGAAAGGAAUCUGGGGUGGCGAUGAAUCUCGAUUUCUGGGGGGAGAUAAAUGUACAAUUAGAUAGUAAUCUACGUAUACAUGCAGUGCUUGAGCCCUG